GGAAAUCCACCACCACCGGGCACCUCAUCUACAAAUGCGGGGGCAUCGACAAACGGACCAUUGAGAAAUUUGAGAAGGAGGCUGCCGAGAUGGGGAAAGGGUCCUUCAAAUACGCCUGGGUGCUGGACAAACUGAAGGCCGAGCGCGAGCGUGGCAUCACCAUUGACAUCUCGCUGUGGAAGUUUGAGACCACCAAGUACUACAUCACCAUCAUUGAUGCCCCUGGCCACAGGGACUUCAUCAAGAACAUGAUCACUGGGACCUCCCAGGCUGACUGUGCUGUCCUGAUCGUCGCUGCCGGUGUGGGUGAAUUUGAAGCCGGCAUCUCCAAGAACGGGCAGACCCGCGAGCACGCCCUGCUGGCUUACACCCUGGGGGUGAAGCAGCUCAUUGUGGGCAUCAACAAGAUGGAUUCCACAGAGCCCCCCUACAGCGAGAAACGCUACGACGAGAUCGUCAAGGAGGUCAGCGCCUACAUCAAGAAGAUCGGCUACAACCCGGCCACAGUUCCCUUCGUGCCCAUCUCGGGCUGGCAUGGAGACAACAUGCUGGAGCCCUCUCCCAAUAUGCCUUGGUUCAAAGGCUGGAAGGUGGAGCGCAAAGAAGGCAACGCCAGUGGGGUGUCCCUGCUGGAGGCCCUGGACACCAUCCUGCCCCCGACCCGCCCCACAGACAAACCCCUGCGCCUGCCCCUCCAGGAUGUCUACAAGAUUGGAGGGAUUGGCACAGUCCCUGUGGGCCGAGUGGAGACUGGAAUCCUACGGCCUGGCAUGGUGGUCACCUUUGCCCCUGUGAACAUCACCACUGAGGUGAAAUCCGUGGAGAUGCACCACGAGGCCCUGAGCGAGGCUCUGCCUGGGGACAACGUCGGUUUCAACGUGAAGAACGUCUCGGUGAAGGACAUCCGCCGCGGGAACGUCUGCGGGGACAGCAAGUCGGACCCGCCGCAGGAGGCAGCGCAGUUCACGUCUCAGGUGAUCAUCCUGAACCACCCUGGCCAGAUCAGUGCUGGCUACUCGCCCGUCAUCGACUGCCACACCGCACAUAUCGCCUGCAAGUUCGCCGAGCUGAAGGAGAAGAUCGAUCGGCGCUCUGGCAAGAAGCUGGAGGACAACCCCAAGUCCCUGAAGUCGGGUGAUGCAGCCAUCGUGGAGAUGAUCCCUGGCAAGCCCAUGUGUGUGGAGAGCUUCUCCCAGUACCCACCCCUUGGCCGCUUCGCUGUCCGUGACAUGCGGCAGACCGUGGCCGUGGGCGUCAUCAAGAACGUGGAGAAGAAGAGCGGUGGGGCUGGGAAAGUCACCAAGUCUGCCCAGAAGGCCCAGAAGGCUGGCAAAUGAAUCGUGGGCUCCCAGUGCAUCGCGCAGAAACCAUCCCUGACACCAGGACGCUGCCACCGUCUCCCCCGGGCGCACGUGUGCACAUCAGCUUGUAAGAGUUUAUAUGUCAACGACUGGAUGCUCACCAUUAAGGUCCAGUGGAAAUUCUUUAAAAGGAAAAGCAUGUUCCAGCGUUUGUGAGGCUUCAUGUUAAUUUUACCAAUAAAACUGGUACAACAUCCA